AUGGUCCGGUUGAAACAUCGUUAUUUUCUAAUCAGACUUGUGUUUGAUGACCAAAAGUUUGGACAUAAUAUUGAACCGUAUCAAAUAUAUGGAAGGAUUAAAAAUGCUGUGGAGACAAUACAUGGUGAUCAUGGACUAGCAUGUGUGGAUGUUUCACUUAGUGUAAAGUACAUUAAUGUGUACACUAAUAUUGUGCUGAUCAAGACUAGAAGACAGUUUCAUAGACUGGUUUGGUCUUCAUUGCCAUUUAUCACAUAUGUAACCGAAAAUCUCGGAAAGCGACCUAAAAAAAUACCCUGCUUUCUGCACACUCUUCAUGUCGGUGGAUCAAUCAGAAGUUGUCAAAAAUUUUUAAUAAAGUACCAUAGAAAGAAACUGGACUCAAUUUUGGAUCAAUGUUCGACUCCCGGUGAAAAAAGGAGAGUUAAAAAAUCAAUAGAGAGUGCUAGUCUGGAAACAGAAGAACCUGGCAAAAACUCUGAAGAAGAAAGCAGUGGCAGUGAUUAG